AUGGCCACCGUGAUGGAUGACGGAUGCGGUGGCACAGCAGCACAGCAGCAGCAAAUGCAAAACGGCGGUGCCACGAUUCAUCACCAUCCGGCCAGCUCUUCUUCUUCAUCGGCAAACAACAUUCAAACUUCGUCUAAUAAAAUGACGAUAGCCAACAACAACAACAAUAACAACCACCAGCAUCACGUUGGAAUGCAAUCCAAUCACCAGCCGCCUUUCCUCUGCUCCGGAUGCGCCACGCCCAUCGUCGACCAGUACCUCUUAAAAGCUUUAGAUUGCUUCUGGCACGAGGACUGUCUCAAGUGCGGAUGUUGCGACUGCCGACUGGGCGAGGUCGGCUCCACCCUCUACACCAAAGCCAAUUUGAUUCUCUGCAAAAGAGAUUACCUCAGAAUGUUUGGCACGUCGGGCAAUUGCGCCGCUUGCUGCAAAGCCAUUCCGGCCUUUGAGAUGGUCAUGAGAGCCAAAAGCAACGUCUACCAUCUCGACUGUUUCGCCUGCCAGCAGUGCCACCAGAGGUUUUGCGUGGGCGACCGGUUUUACCUGAACGACAACAAGAUCCUGUGCGAGUACGACUACGAGGAGCGAUUGGUAAUGGCGGCCAGCCUGCCGUCCAACAACAACAAUGGCUCGACGCAGCACAUUCAAAGGCGAGUGUCUGACAUACAUCAAUCAGGAGACGGUGCGAUAGGCUACGACACCCAAGACGGCGGCAGCAGUUUAUUUCAUCAUCGUCAUGAGCAGCAGCAGCAGACUGGCUAUGAUCAUCAGCAGCAACUGUCAGAUGCUGCGUCCCAGUUUAGAGGUGCAGCAUCGAACAUGUACCACCAGCAGCAGCAGCAGCAGCAGCAGUAUGCUCCCAAUCGGCAGCUACAUCACCUGGCCGGCAACAGCCAGCAACAGCACAAGCAUGGUUCUCCCAGCGAUGGAUCCUCCAGUGGCUACGGGAGCCCAGACUCUGUCCUCCUGGAUGAGCGAUAGAAAGCCUCUCAAAUGGUGUCUUAGAAUGAUAUGUAGAGCUCGGGGGUUUGAUGUUGUGUGGGUCUGGGCCAAGCAGCAGGCUAUUCUCAGUACAAAGCAGUUUCGUCUAAAAAAUAAUAAUAAUGAUUAAAGAAGCCUUGCAUGACAAAUGUCCCUUCUGGUCAAGCCCAAUCAGAUGUGGUGUAGACCCAACUUGUAAGCUCUCGUAAACCCAUUUAUUUACUUGUCCUGCACCAAAAUUCUUUAACCUAAAUAUGCUGUGAUUCACACUUUGACAUUGUAAAAGUUUCCUGUCAUGUUCCUUUGUUCACGUGUACCUCCCCCAAAUCUCUUGUUUCGCACCCGAGAUUUUUAAAAUAAGAUUUCGAUUUAUCUAUGAGAAAUGAAUAAUGAUGGCUAAAGAUAAAAUACACCAACAACCAAAUUAGAAUUUCAAA